AUGUCCAGUGCAUUAUCAUUAUCAUCCUCUAGCGACGAUUACGAAUCAGACGAAUACGAAUCAAUCAAUCGGGUUGUUACGCAAAUGAAUGCAAUUUUCAAUCCCGAGACCAUAGGCGCUUGUCUUAGCGUUAUCUUUGACGAAGAAGAAAACCAAAGCCAAGAAGCUUCAAGUUCUUCAAGAUCCAAGUUGACUAGAAGGGUGAUCCAGCUGGUGUUUUUGGAUGAGUACUUGCAAAUGGCGCAAGAUACGAGCUACCAGUGUUUAGACCAGUUUUGUAAGUGUGUAAUACACCUGUAUCGCGACGAGUACUUGAGAAUGCCAACAGAAGCAGAUAUCGAACGAUUAACUGCUAAAUAUGCUGAGGUUCAUGGUUUUCCGGGUAUGCUUACUUUGGUCCUGCUGUUUGGAAAGAGAUAUCACCUAGCAGAGGGUAUUUAUCCUGAAUGGGUCACUCUUGUGAAGUAUUUCAAGUUUCUAAUGGACCCGAAAACCUCCAAGUUCAAAAGAUACCAAGAAGCUGCAAGAAAGGAUAUUGAGCGAGCAUUCGGGGUACUUCAAGGUCGUUGA